GUGAAAAUGCGAUGCUGCAUUUACGACUAUCGGUAAACUGACUUGUUUACAAACCUCACAUGUAAACAGUAACAACUAAAAGAGUCGUUGGCUGGAACUGGAUUUUCCUCAUAAAGAAUUAUCGUCUUUCUUUUAACAGUUACAUUUUGUUUAGUAUACGAGAGAUCAGCAGCUUUGGAAAAAAAGUGGACAAGAAAUUGUAAUUUCCAUGGUUACGUGAAGGCAACUAAAGGGGCGGGGAACUCUGCGUAAGUGUCUAUCAUUCCUCACUGCCAAACAGUAGCGUGUGUCGUUCGGAUCGACGUCGCGAAUUCUCCGUGUCUUCUUUGUUGUCCUGCUCGGUGUCUGUGUACCAUGACCGGCAGCUGGUGGAGCAGCGCCGCGGUGACCCAUGGACUCAUGGCUCUGUUCGCCAUGGGCUCCUGGGUUUCCGUCAACAGUCUGUGGGUCGAGCUCCCGGUGGUUGUGAGUGUUCUGCCUGAAGGUUGGAACCUGCCUGCUUACCUCUCAGUGCUGAUAGCCUUUGGAAACCUGGGUCCUAUAGCAGUGACCAUCACGCACCACUGCGCUCCGGGACGCUUAAACGAACGCCUAGUCAUCCACUGCAUCCAGGUGCUGGCAGUGGUGGCGUCCAUUCUCCUGGCCGUCUUCUGGUCACACACCGUCAUGAUAGUGGGAGAGGAGAGGUCGCUACCGUUCCUGCUUUUCACCUUUGUGCUGUCUUUUGUCUGCUGCACGUCCACCGUCACCUUCCUGCCUUUUAUGUUUCGUUACCCCCCUCAGUUCAUCCGUACAUUCUUCAUUGGUCAGGGCCUCAGUGCCUUGUUUCCUUGUAUCGUGGCCUUAGGGCAAGGUGUUGGCAAGCUGGAGUGUAAAACUGUGAAUGGAACGGUAAAGCCUGAGUAUUUAAAAGAGAGUUUUCCAGCCCAGAACUUCUUCUGGUUUUUGUUUGUCAUGCUGUCGAUCUCGGCUCUGAGUUUUUUUGCUCUGACAAAAAGACAGACAGAGUAUCGUCCAGAGGCACUGCCACAGGAGUCUGAUAGUGCAGAGGAGCUGAAGAACGGACAUGAGAAUCACCCUUUUCACAACGGAGGGCCACCAGUGUCUCAGGAAGAGCAGCAGGUGCAGAGAGAGGAACAACCGCCUGCUCAGAACUUCUGGACACUGCGCAACAUCUACCUGCUAGCACUGCUUGCCAUUUCCAAUGCCCUCACCAACGGUGUCCUACCAUCUGUGCAGAGUUACACCUGUCUUCCCUAUGGCACCAUGACCUUUCACCUCUCUGUGGUCUUUGGCAACCUUGCAAACCCCCUGGCCUGUUUUCUGGCCAUGUUCUUUGUCCUCAGAACAUCGUCAGGUCUGGGGAUCGUGUCAUUAGCAGGAGGAGUAUUUGCUACGUACCUCCUGGUGUUAGCAGGUCUCAGCCCCUGUCCUCCUCUCCUGGGAAACCCCGCUGGUGUCGCUCUAGUAGUCAUCUCCUGGAUUCUGUUCACAGGUUUCUUCUCUUAUCUGAAGGUGGUGAUUGGGACUCUGCUUCACGAGGAAGGUCAUGCAGCCCUCUUGUGGUGCGGUAUCGCUAUCCAGGCCGGCUCUCUUAUCGGAGCGGUCACCAUGUUCCCCCUAAUCAACGUUUAUCAAGUGUUCUCCAGAGCUCAGGAGUGUGUCGAUAACUGCAGUUAGCAGGAUGGCAAUAUUUGACUUUACUUUACUGUCUUUAUACAAAUGCCUCACAAACCUUCAUUGAUUCUCGUUUCUAUUGAGGACCUCGAAGGCGCCCUGUCCUCACUGAGAAGCCACGGAGCCUGGGAGAAAAAGAGGAAAAAAAGCAUUCCUUUAUAAAAGAAGCAGUGUUUCUACACAUGGGUCUAAAGGAUGAAAAACACAUAUGACGCGGUGACACCACAAGUGCUUUGUAUGAUAUUUUAUAAUGAAUCAUUGUAGUCAAAGUUUACACUGAAUACACUAAAACAUCUGCUGAUGUUUUUCCCACUACAAGAGAUCAUGUGGAAAGGUUAUCUACUCAGGGAAACUCAAGUCACUAACUUAUUCAUUCACAUCUACAGCUCCUGAGGCUAAUUAUUGAGGAAAGAUCCAAACUAAAGUCCCUGCAGGUUAACUGUCUUUAUAUUUAAUUUUUGUUACUUCGGUCUAUGUUUUAAAAUGCCUGCCUGUGUCUUCCCUCUUGACUCCAUAUAAGCAUAAAACACAGGAACGUAAGUUCAGAAUCAGAGACAAAAUGCAGUUCAGUCAAUAUUUUAACUUGACAGAGAAACAAUAGGGAAAUAAGGAAUUGUGUCGUCUCCAUCUGUUAGGGCUGCAACAAUGAAUCAAUUAGUCUUUUUAAAGAAUGAAUCAGUUACUAAAUUAAUUUUCAACUAUUUUGGUAAUGUAUUAAUCGGUUUCAGUGUUUGCAUUCUUGAAGGUGAAUAUUUCCUGGUGUCCUUUCUCCAUAUAAGAAGAAAACCUAAAAACUGAUUCAGGAAACACUGAUUUUCAACAUUUUCUCUCAUUUUAUCGAACAAACUAGCACUCAAUAAUCAAAGAAAUAAUUGUAAUAAUAAAUCUAGACUAAAAAUAAUUGUUAAUUGCAGCCUUACUAACUUUAAUGUCAUGUGCAUAUCUUGUUAUACAACACUACCUUGUUUAUACAUUGUUCUGAGAAGUUUACAAUUUACCUCAAUGUUUUAGCAGUUCAUUUCUGUUGUGUUUUGGUUUCUUUUUAAAUCAUGUGUCAUAUGUUUGUAGUUUGGUACCUUCUGCUAAAAUCAUGUCAAAAAUGGCAAGUCAAGAAUAUUUUUAAUAUAUUGUAAUUUUAGCAGUAUUCAGUUUGUCAUUGUCUCCGUCUCAUGCUGUUGUAUAGAAACUUUCUCACGUUAUUUUAUGAUCUCAAAGCCAAGAACGUUUUGUUCAAAUCUUCUAAUGUCAUUAAUGUUAGUUGAUAAUUCCCAUAUAAGAACCAACUUGCAUUAAUAAUUCUAGAAUGCAAUUGCUGAUCUGUCGCUGUAGCACGUGCAAUGGAAUAUACAUGUUGGUAUAGUAUUAUAGUAUGAAAGAAAACUAACACCUAGCAGUGAUGUUAGUUCCACAUUUUAAACUGAUAUCAAAUGACUUGUUGCUUUGUGUCUUGUUCCCAUAAAGAAAUGAAAUAAAAGAACACUGUCUCUUACAACUAGCCAAAUUAUAACUAAGUUAGUAGCUCUCAGCUUAGCAAAAAUAGAGGAAACAAAAAUGUAAUAAUGGUUGAAUAUGGUUUACUACUGUCUGCCUAAAGCUCACCAACAUGAUUUUCUCUCUUGGUUUAUUUAUACAAAAACUGAAUUAAAUGAAAACACCUAGUUUAUUCAUUUACUUUUGUUUUGCCUUGCUGUCAAUCUUUACACUAAGCUACUGUGCUCGUUGGCUGCAGGCUGUAUCUUAAUUCAAAACUCUAAAUAGUAAACACUACUGACAGUUAAGUUAAAAACUUGCAAUAAAAGUAUUUCAACAAAUGUUCAACUAUUCUUUUAGAAAUUUGCAAAAUAGUGCUUUUUCUAGCUUACUGGAAUUAUUACAUAUUAGCAUUUGCUAACUUAGCAACAUAUCAUUAAGUCUCAACCUGGCUUGUGUGGGGGAACAAACAACUAUGCAACGAUAAGUCAGUUAAUAAAGUAUUACUAAAUUAA